CGCCUAUUGCACUCGAGGGUGUUGCCUGCUACGCCUAACUCAGCUCAACGAGACAAACACCAACACUGUGCUUGCUGGAACAAGAGGGGGUGGCUCCGCGAGACUUUAAACAGUAAGGCCCCGCCACCACCAUGGCCUCCACUAAACUAUCACCGUCCGAAAUAGUGGCUGCUCUUGAUAAACUGACAAUAGAAAAGACAAAGGAGCUAUUUUUUCAUCUCAAUGUCCAACUCAAAACUCUUGAUGACAUCGACACAAACCACACGGGAAACAUGCGCAAGAUCCGCUACGUCCAGGCCUGGUUUGACCAGGAGGCGGGGGCCAGUUGGGAGAAGAUUGUAGCUGGCCUCAAAAAAAUAGGUAUGACGGCACUGGCUGACACUUUGGCAACUCAGCAAUGUUCAGGAGAAACUCCAACCCUAGCUCCCAUCAUUAUGGCCCCCGGCCUCGACCUCCCCUCCUCUCCAGUGACGACAGCCCCAGAUGCAGGUGGUCCUCAAACCAGUGGAUCAUCUCCCAGUGAGCCCGCCCUCGGUCCCCUGGCACGUCCCUCCUCCCCCACUGACAGGGUGUCACAGGUGAGAGCCGAGAUCGACCGACUCAGUGACACCUUCUCAGACCUCAUGUCCGACACGAGAGAUGAAAUGUGCACGAGAGAAAGUGUAGAUCCACGGUUUCUUGACAAGUUUCGUGAUCGUCUUUUAGAUCUUCCUGUCGCCCAAAAGGCCCCUCAUGCCAAGUUUUUUCAUGAAAGGCUGGAUGAAUUUCUAAAAGCAGAGAAUACUCGAAAAAUAUUUGCCAUCAUCCGGUGCUACAAUAACUACCGCAACUAUGCAGUUCUCCGAGAGGUGGUCAGGAAGUUCUGUCAGGGGUUUGCUCCAGCGAAGGAUGCAGGAAUACUGCGAGUCUCUCGAGAAGUUUGAGAAAGCGACAAUGGUCGAUGUGUACCUCGAGGCCAUUGAAGCUAGUGAUGUUCUCGCCUCAGAAUUCACCAAAAUGACGGUAAAGAUCAACAAGUCAGCGUCGCAGUGCAGUCUCCACGAAAUUCGCAAGACGACCGAAGCGAUCGCAGAAAGAGCGUCUCUACAGUUGUACGGUGUCUACAUUGGGGCGGUGUUGGAGGGCUCGGUUGUGCUGGAGCUGGGACUCCCGUCCAGCUGUGUGGGGUGGAUUCUGGGAGCCUUGACACCCGACUUCCUAUCCACACAUCUCCUGUCAGAUGUGGUCCUUGAUCAAGAUAUGCUUUUUACCGUCGACAAACCCCGGGAGAUUUUGAAUGAUGAACUGUUGUAUGCCUGUAUAUCAGGGGAUGUGAUAACAGCUGCGUCUCUUCUCAACAGUGGAGCUGAUAUCGAAGCUUUAGACACGAGUUCAAGAACUCCUCUGCUCUUUGCCAUUUUGAAUGGUGAAAUCCAAGUGGUUCGUCUCCUGAUAUCAAGAGGAGCUGAUCUAAACCAGGGGAAUGGGUCACCACUGAGGUGGGCAGCUGGUGUAGGUGUCGAUGUCGUUAAGGAGCUGGUGCAAGAAGGAGCCAGUUUGGACCUUCAGGAUAAGGGAGGGGCCUCUGCAGUCAUCCAUGCUGUAUGGGAAGAAGAGCCAGAUGUUCUGAGGGAGCUGGUGAGGGCGGGGAGCAAUCUUAACCUCCAGAACCAUGAGUCUCACCGGCAUGAUGUUCUCUUUCCCUCUCUUCGACGGCGAAGGGCAUCUUCCCUGGACUGAUCCAUGAUUGCGAGAGUAAGGAGCUACACACACACACUAGCUAGCUACAUAUGCUGUCAGGCAGGCAGCAUGUGAAAUUUAGAAAUCCUUUCGGAUAAAAAAAGCGCGUAAUCCUGGAGCAUGCGCAGUUUGACGACGUACGGUCGUAGAUAUUAUAUAUGAGGAAAAUUCCGCACCUUUCGUACCACUAGGUUAGCUUGCCCC